UGCUCCCCGGUGGGAAGUUUGUUUUCCCUUCCUUGCUUCAUUGACGCGGCCGCCCUGUCGCUCCUCCUCUCCCCUCUCCUUUACGACACCCAACCACCGCACUGCGUGGAACUAGGGAAGAGAGCGUGUGAUUGGUAUAGCCGGAAAGCGCAGCUGUGAGCCAGCUUCACUGCUCACCGGAACCGGAUCGAAUCUUAGAGCGUCUAGGCGGGGCUGCUUCUCUGGUCUACUCCUCUCUUCCUCUCUGUACUUUCGAACUAUUUUACGCCCAAGAGACGAGAGAGCGGCCGAGCGGAAUAAAUCUACCCUAACUCCAUUCCAACAAUAACAUAGAGGGUUUUUUUUGGCUGUGGGAUUGUCCCCAUCUACAUAUAAUAGGAAUGGAGACUACACAACAAAUGUUAUCCCUUGGAAGGUCUUGAUCAGGCAAGCAAGAAUUAUUAUCAGUGUUCAAAGAUGUAUUUCAGCCAGCCUAAAACACUCACAGAGGGUGCAGAGCUGGUCCUGUGAAGGAUGUGGCCUGGGAGAAUUGGUGCGGCUGGAUAGGAGAGACUCAGAAUCUUGAAAGAACAAUUGCAAGUGCCACAGGACUCUUUGCAAAAGUGAAGUGAUUUUUGUCACCAUGUUUACAUUAUCAGCAGGGGAAGGACUUUCUGCUGUGCCAGCUUUGCGUUUGCCUGAAGGAAAAGCUGAACUUGCCACGGUGGAAGAACAUCAACAUCUGCAUUGUGUCAACUGUGUUAGUCGGCGUUGUAUGACCAGACCAGAGGUUGGCAUUUCCUGUGACUUGAUUGGUUGCCCUUUGGUUUGUGGAGCAGUAUUUCAUUCAUGCAAAGCUGCAGAGCAUCGUCUUUUAUGUCCACUUGAAAGAGUGCCUUGUCUCAACAGUGGCUUUGGCUGUCCAUUUACUGUAGCCAGAAACAAAAUUGCUGAACAUCUACAAAUUUGCCCUGCAAGUGUGGUAUGCUGCACUAUGGAAUGGAAUAGAUGGCCUGUCAGUUACGCCGACAGAAAAUCUUAUGAAAAUCUUAGUAAAGAUGUUGAUGAAGUUGAACAGUUAGACAUGGCUCUUGCCCUUCAAGAUCAGCGAAUGCUCCUGGAAUCUCUCAAAGUAGCAACUAUGACAUCAAAAACAGCUGAUCAGGUGUCAAAAUCCAGAGAACAGACUUCUGUUGCAAGUGCCCCAGACGCUGCACUUUCAAAUGGCUUGAUGCCUGUAGAUGAAGAGUCAUAUGGUGCCCUUUAUCAAGCUACUUUGGAAACAACAAAAAGUUUAGCUACAGCUCUAGAUAUCCUGAACACUGCUACUAGAGACAUAGGUAUGUUAAGUUCGAAGCUUGGCAUUUCACCAUGUGAAACAAGUGAAGAUUUUCAGGCAAAAGAGCAAAAUUGUAGUAGAGACCUGCAUAAAGUAGAGCACAGCCAUCUAGAUGAAGAUAACAUAGGGGCAGUGGGUGGCAUUCACUUUGAUGUCUUGAGUCAAAAUGUACAGUUAGAACAAAAUGGCUCAAGUGACAUUUGUUAUGAUGCCAUGCAACAGUACAGUUUGAAUAUGGGACUUGAUACCUCUUUAUGCAAUGGCUUUCAUGUAGAUAAUACAGGGACAGAUACACUGCAACAGAGUAAAGAACUAGGUAUGUGUAAUUCUGACCAAUCCAUUGUAGCAAAUGGUGUAUGUAAUGCUUCUCAUGUUGAAGCAUUGAGUUCUUGCAACCCUAUUCCUGUAAUGAUACAACUUAAGGAUGAAAUACCUCUGCAUAGUUUGUCUAAUGGCACUGUUAAUCAUGUAUAUCUGCCACAUGACUGCAAUGAAGAACUGAUACAGAAGCAAAUGGAACAAGACAGACUUAGAAACAUAGAUGUUUUUUCUUUAAUUCCUCAUCGUACCUACAAUUUCCUUGCAAAUCACUUCUUAGCUGCACCAAAGGAAGACAAAGCAGUAGAUACAUCAGAUUUAGAAAUAACAGAAGAUCCUAUGGGUCUUCAGGGAAUAGAUUUAAUCACAGCAGCAUUGCUGUUUUGUCUUGGAGAUUCUCCUGGUGGUAGGGGAAUAUCCGAUAGUCGUGUUAUCGAUGGAUAUCGUGUUGAUUUUGGGACUCAGACAUUUUCUCUCCCCUCUGCAAUCCUGGCCACAAAUACAAUGGUAGGGGAAAUUGCUUCAGCCUCUGCCUGCGAUCAUGCAAAUCCACAGCUCUCAAAUCCAAGCCCUUUCCAGACUCUUGGCCUAGACUUGGUACUAGAAUGUGUGGCUAGAUACCAAACAAAGCGUUCAAUGUUUACAUUCGUUUGUGGACAAUUGUUUAGACGAAAUGAAUUCUCUUCACAUUUUAAGAAUGUACAUGGUGAUAUUCAUGCUGGCCUAAAUGGCUGGAUGGAACAGAGAUGUCCCCUGGCUUAUUAUGGAUGUACAUACUCUCAGCGCAGAUUCUGUCCUUCAACACAAGGGGCAAAGGUUAUUCAUGAUCGGCAUCUUAGGUCGUUUGGAGUUCAGCCUUGUAUAUCUACUGUGCUGACAGAGCCUGAUAAGAGAUGCUGUUUAGGACUUCGUAGUGACCAUCUGAGUAAUCUUCCUUUUGAGGUUCUACAACAUAUUGCAGGUUUUCUAGAUGGCUUUAGUUUAUGUCAGCUUUCACGAGUGUCACGGUUAAUGAGGGAUAUAUGUGGAAGCUUACUACAGGCACGUGGAAUGGUCAUACUGCUGUGGGAAAAGAGGAUGUAUCCAGAUGGAAGUUCUUCAUGGCAAAUAAAAGAAAAGGUGUGGCGAUUCAGCACAGCUUUUUGUACUGUAAACGAAUGGAAAUUUGCUGACAUUGUAAGCAUGGCUGACCACUUGAAGAAAUGCAGUUAUAAUGCCGUAGAAAGACGGGAGGAGGCUGUGCCACUGCCAUGUAUGUGUGUCACACGAGAACUUACAAAAGAAGGACGGUCAUUGCGCUCUGUUUUGAAACCCGUACUUUAAACACGAAGAAUUUACUCUAAUUGCACAUACACUCAAGCACCUGAUGUAACCUCUGUGUAAUACUUUGUGACACUUUAUUAAUUUACUAAAUACAAUUUCUUGGUAAAUUUACUCUGUCAUUAUGUACAUAAUGUUUUGAAGUGGCAUUUAUUUUUUAUAAUACUGUCUGGUUAGAAUUAAUAAAAGCUGCCUUAAUGUUUGAAACUAUGGAACUUGCUGGACAGGGUAGUUUAUAUAAAACUUGUAUCAUCUGUAAACUUUUCGUUACGGAUUUCUCUGACUUACAGUGUCCGUUUCUUUUUAUUGACUUCUAGAGGUCUGUACAUUCAGACAGGAACUCAGAUUGUGAUAGACAGGAAUCUGACCAAACAACAUAGGUAUUUGGUCUCUUGGCAAAUUAAAAUACCAGUUAAAAGCUGAAUGCUACUUAGCAUUUUGCAGUGCGUAACUUGAAGAAUCUUUUCAUUCUUUAAAGAUUGCUGUGCUCAUUUAAGCUGACUCAGUUUCUAGCUGCGAUUUAUAAAGGAUGGGUGCUUUUAGUGUUGAUGCAAAUGAAUAGGGGGCACAGUUUACAACUCUUUGAAGUUGGUAACAAAACUCAUGAUUUUAAUGGAGUGGAAUUGCAUAACUGAAUUCUGACUUGCAAAUUUGCUUCAAUUACACAUUUUGAUGGUCAGCAUAGGCUGCUGCUGCUAACAGUCUGAUGCACGGCUGGGUAGCUGUUGGCCCUCCAGAUGAUGUUGGACUCCAGUUCCCAUCAGACCUAUGGCUGAUGAUCAGGGAUGAUCGGAAUUGUAGUCCAGCAAAGGUUUCCUAGCCUUAGUCUAAUGGAACAAAAUGUAAUUUUAUUUCAAUCUUUAUUGUACACCUGGACUACCAUUUUGGGUUAAUAAAUUUUUGCUUUUAUUGGUUUAGAUUGAUAAAAGAUGAACUUGGAAAAAAAAUCCUGUUGCAAAUUAGCUAUUUGAGAUUAGAUUCAUACAUCUAAUUUUAGAUUCAUAUAUUCAACGAAGGGCUUGUUUUUGGUAUUGACAUAACACAUCUUAUUGUCAAUAUGUCUACAGUGUACUACAUGCUUCUAGGCUAUUUUAAAUCAUAUAGGACUCUGAUUCUGAGCACACUCUGAAGUUAAUUCCCCUGAAAUUUGGAAUUUGCUUCUAAGCAAAUGCUUUUAGGAUAGAGGUGUCAUGCCAUCUUUAUAAGAUGAGAACCCAUUCAUUGCACAGAGCAUAUCUUAAAUGCAUGUUCAUCUAUAUCAUAUUUUUCCAUAGUCUUCCAUAAUGAGGACAUUGUGUUGAAUGUUUACUGUAAUUGAGAAUGCCUUUAACUAUACUACCAUAACUCAGUUUUCAUACUUCAUACUGCUAGUUUGAACUUGGUGCGAUAGAGUAACAGACCAAUAUUGUAUUAAUGAAAUAGGGAAUUUCCAUUUUGAAAAGAUUGUUAUAGAAAUAGCUUCAUUUAGAAAGUUUAUAAUGAAAUCAUUUAAGUACUUGAUCCGAGUGUUCGUAUGUUCAGCAUACAUGAAUCCAGGCUGGAAAAUAAUUGCCUUUUUCAUAACGAGUUGCCCCAUUUAAAACAAAAACAAAACAAACUCAGCCUCAUUCUCUUGUGCCAUAUAGUGAAUAUAAUGUGAAUGCUUGCUCAGCAUAGCUGCUUUCUGUAAUGCCUGGAUCUUGGGAUCAGUUAACUACUCUCACAAAACUGCCUUUCCCUUUGAAGGGUCUGGAGGAGAAUUUUCCUUUAAUCCUGCAUAAUUUUUCUUCAAUUAAUAGAAGAAUAUUUUGAAUUGUAGUUAUUUGAAUAAUAGAGAAGAGGUCAUCGUUAUACUAGUUUUGUUAUUUGUAAAUUCAUGUAUGUUACCCUACAAUCAGGACAUCGCUAAUCCUCAGAUGUAGGAUAUAUUUUCUUCAGUUUGUGGGAAGUUGCUAUUCUAAAAAAAAAAAAGGAUGUCAACCAGAAAUAACCGAGAAUGUCCAUUCCACAGGUUUUAGAAGCUGCUUCUGUAUACACUAAUCUUUAAUCAUCUUACCAGUGUAUACUGUAGUAUAAAUUUGGUAUGGGUAGGGAUAUUUUAAAUACAGAGGUGGACAGAAAUAUGUCUUGGCCUCUUUAAGAGAAAUACUGUAACCACUGUAACCACAGAGGCCUUCUGAAAUAAGACUUUCUAGUUCCAAAAGUACAGUUGUACCUGUGGUGAAAAUUGGUUCAUCUUUUCACAUUUAGCAUUUUGAUCACUUCAUUCUCAAUACUAUGUGCACUUUUACUUUCAAUUCUAGAUACUGUGGGUUUUUUAAAAAGUUUAAUCCAGAGCUAUUAACACAUCAAUGCUGUAAAGAACUGUUUGGUACACUCUUCUGGGUUUAGGAAUACAGUGCAAAUCUAGUAUAUCAGUAUUCCAUACUGCUAUGCAGUUUUUAAACAAAACAGUGGUAUGUACUUUGUCAGUACUUGACUUUUUCUCCUGUACUAUACCUUGCAUUUUAAAUGUACAUCAGCUCUACCCUAGUACUUUGUUUCAGUUGGUUGUCUUUACUUCAUAUUCUCAGCAAUUCCUUUCUCUUACCAACUCAACACUACCACUUUAAAUGUUUUCAGUUAAUGCUGUUUUUUGCAAUGUCUGUCAUAAUCUUAAUAAAACAUAUUUGCCAUUUC